AUGCCAAAUGACAGCGAAGUGGAUCCUGGUUUCACAGCAACAUUAACUUGCAGGGUCAGGAACAGGCUAGGAGAAUGUGUUUGGUUGAAAGAUGGAGAGGUUGUUGGAAGGAUAAGUAACAAAUAUAGCUUCGAAAAACAGCCUUCAGAUGGAGAUUGCAGCAUUCGUAUUAUAAAUGCUAAUUUGGAGAUGGAUGAUGGACACUGGCAGUGCCAGGUGACUCAGACUUCCUUAGAAGAUCCCAUUUUGAAAUCCAAGAACAUUAAAUUAACUGUACGAGAAACCCCUCGACCACCCCAAAUCGAAGACAACACUAUUCAAAUUAAGUCAGGUGAAAAUUUCAUGACAAGGGCAGGACAGCCCAAGAAGCUAAGCUGCGUGUCCAGAAAAGGAAAUCCUCCGGCAGAACUGAAAUGGUUUAUCGAGGAAGAUGACAUCACAGCUAUGGCGAGCCAGACGAAUGGCUCAGAUAUAGAAAAGCCUAAGACCUGGCAGGCCAUCAGUAUCUUGCACUACACAUUUCUAAAGAUUCACAAUGGUAAGCUCUUAAGGUGUGUGGCCCUCCACAGAGGUUAUGAUACCAACUCCCGAGAAACCAGUACUCGUCUUGAUGUAUUAUAUCCUCCAGAAAUCAGAUUAGAGGGAAACCCUAAAGAAGAAAUUGAGGAAGGCAGGUCACUCACUCUCAAGUGUGUAGCAGAUGCAAACCCAAAGGCGAGCAUUAUCUGGAAAGUAUCGGGUCAGGCUAGUGUCUAUAGUAUCAAGGAAGAACUGACAUUUUCAUCUGUUAGAAGAAAUGAUUCAGGAAUUUACAGUUGCAGAGGGAGAAAUGAUAUUGGAAAGAGCAAAGAAUUAGAAAUUUCACUUGAUGUAAAAUAUAAACCAGAGAUUAGAAAAGUAGAACCUUAUCCACAAGUGUCACUUGCACUUUACAGUUCUGCUAAGUUGGUGUGUCUCGCUGCUGGAAAUCCCCAACCAGAAUAUUCUUGGCUUCAGAAGGUCCCAGGAGAACAACUAGCAUGGCAAGAACGGGGCAUUAAUUCGUACCUCAUUAUACCAAACGUUACUUAUAACUUUCAAGGUCGAUACAUUUGUGAAGCAAAAAAUUACAUCAAAGGAAAAGAAUAUAAAACUCAAUCUGAAGAAAUUAAGUUAGAUGUCAGUGGGAAUCCUCAGAUUAUUACGGAAAUGACUACAACCAAGGACAAUGUGGUAGUUGAGAGAAAUGAGGAUGUUACAAUAAGUGUUAUGUUUUGCUCUGAUCCUAAACCUGAUCGAGUUUACUGGGAGUGGGGUAGCCUGAAACUGGACACUGGAUCAGAACUAGGAAGAUAUGUAGCUGAAGGAUUUGUUGCUGUGAAAGACUGGGAUGACUGUUACGAAGCAAGACUCCUUAUUGAAAAUGUUGAAAGUAGUGAUUCAAGAAAGUACAUAAUACACGUUGAAAACUUGAAAGGAGAAGAAGCAUAUGCUGUAAAACUUGUAGUAAGAGAACCUGUGGCUAUGUCUAUGGUGAUUGGCAUUGCAGUAGGUUGUAUCAUUCUUCUGGUAGUCUUAAUUAUUGUUGUCGUAUGCUUCAUCAAGAAACGUAAAUCUGUUUUCAGAAGAAGAGAUGAUUUUAACCCAGAUACAGAAAGUGAAAUGGGCAGCAGGAGGUCUGUUGAUAUAACACACAAUGGAGUAGCAGGAGCUAUCCCACCAGAUGCACUUUACAGUGCACCAAAGAAGCAGCCAAAUAAAAAGGUUGAAAACAGAGGGGAGAGAAAACAGUAUGAAAACCUGAAAAUGGACAAAAAUGACAACCGGAAUAAAGACCACGUGGUAUGUGCUGACCUGUCUUUCUCUCCUCCCUCUGAGAGAAAUGGGCACUCACGCAAUAGAGGUGCUAGGCCUACAGUGGAAAGGACAGAAUAUGGAGAAAUACAGUUCCCAUCUAAAGUAAUAGAACAAGCUGAUAUCUAGAAUUAGCCUAAUCGUAAUAAGUAACUGUGCUUCAACACAUUGUUAUCAUUUUUAUCUCAAUGAACAUAACAGUUGGUGUGAAAUGUAGUUUCAUCCUCAACAUUGUACGAAACAAAUCAUACCAUGUGAAGUUUUCAUAGACACACUAGUUCCUUUGCUACGAAUGCCGAAUCCAUUCUCACAAAUCAUCAAAUUUUUGUCUGGAACAUCUACGGAAGUACGAAAUGCAUAAUUCAUAAAGGCAUCUUACUUUAAAAUACUGUGAUAGUUCAUGUACAUAAAUGGUGUUCUUUGUGUUGUAUCGUAAUCAUGAAAAAGAGAUAUUGUAUUACUUAAUCAUACUUUUUGUGU